GUUGUGAAGUUUGCCUGAAAACGUAAUUGUUUGUUUAUAAGUUGUUAACUGAUCAAUACGUAAGAUCUGUAAGGUAUGAUUGCUCUCGUAUCUAAUAGGUCAAAUGAUUUUUGAAAAUUUGUGUGUAUUUCAGUGGUUAAUACGGGUAAUGAUUGCUACUGAACUGAACCAGUGGUUAACUUGUUACGUUUAUUAGAAUUCUCAAAACUAAAAGAAUUAGAAAAAAAGGUCUUAAUUUAUCUGAUUUUGGCCUUUAAUUGACUGAGGUUGAAGAAGAGGUGUAUUUGGAGGUGUUAUAUACAAGAAAAUCACAAGUUCUUGAAGUAUGCUGUUUGCACACCAACUGUUUGACAAAAUGUUUCUUAUAAAGGGUUCAACCAAAUUUUCAAGAGGUGCGAUCGGGAUUUUAGCCUAUAAAAUACACUAAAAAAAAUCUUUUUAAGGGGGCGCCCACCCAUACACUUGGGUCCGCCCCUGCAACCACGUAUAUGAUAUCUUAUACAGUAACUCAAGUUUUGGCAGAAUUGUUAUUAUUUGAUUUUGAAUUUAUUUCCCUUUUUGAAAAAGAACCAAAAUGCUUCUAUAGAUUCAGUAGAAUUUAAGUUCGAAAACGAGUUUUUAAGAGAUAUCCCAGAAAUGGACAACACAGACAGGAAGAUAUUGUAUGAAGCUGCUGUUGAAGGGUGGUGGUGGAAAGCAAAAUACAUAUUGAAAAUCCAUAAAAGUGCAGCCACAGUGGCAAUCAAUGAAAAUGCUGACACGAUCCUUCACGUAGCAGUUGAAAUGGGGCAGAACUAUUUCGUAGAAAAACUGGUGGGUCGAACAGCCCUACACAUUGCGGCAAUGGUUGGUAAUAUGCACGCAGCCCAACUCUUGGUUCAGAAGAGGAACGAGGAGCUGGUGGUGAUUCUAGAUAGCAAGGAAGAGUCACCAUUGGAUAUUGCUUAUGCCAAUAAGAAGAUCAAUACACAUACAUAUUUCUUGAAAUGCCCUGAUCUAAGCCUUUCUUCAGAUAAGUGUCAGGAAAAUGCUAUAUUGGCUGCUAUUUUAGUAAAAAAAUAUGGUGAGUAGCUAGUUAGUACUAGGGGUGGUAAUCGUGUUGGGGUUGACGGUUGUAAAUGGGUUGGAUUUUAGUUUCAGGUUCGGGUCAUGUAAAGAAUCACGUACCACUCCUAGCUAGUUAUUACAUCGUUUUAUGGUAAUUUAAUGGGACAAUAGUCGAA